GUCGGGGUGGCGGCUGUGCGCCUCUUGCUUUCUGCCUCUCUCUCCCCCGGGCUUCCGCGUCUGCAGUUGCCGGGGACUCCGGGCAUCCUCUUCCCCCGUUUCUCAUUCAUUGCCGUCCCUGCGCACGUCCCCGCGAGCCCGGGGUCCUCUGCGCGCGCGCGCGCCUCGGUCUGGGACGUGCCCCCUCGCGCAGGUUUUCGGGUCUCCGGUGCGGUGGUCCCGAGCCCGGCUCUGCAGUCAGGCCCACUGCGUGCCGGCCGGUAGUGUUCCUCGGGUGGCUUCUCACGGCAGGGCCGUGCGUGUUCACGGAGGUGGUACGGGGAACGCCCGGCGCCGGCUGGCGCUGCUGUCAGCUGCUGGCCGCUCCAGAUUCCGUUAUUGCCCCCAGAUUUCCCCUUCCACGCUGUGUGCCGUCAGGCCUCUGAACACCCCUCGCGGAGUUUUGCCCUGUCGUUGUCCUCGGUUUAACCAGAUCCUUGUGUUUGAGGCCGUUUAUUUUGAAAAGCUUGGUCCCAUUUUAAGCGAUAUUGGGAGUUUUAGCUUUGGUGCCCCAUCCACUAUUCUGUAGGGCACUUUGGUACAAUUUCACAGCGUUCGAGCGGGGCGUCUUCUGGGACCACCCUUUGGGAAAUGCUCUUCGGGUCUGAUAAUAAUGGGCGGCAGCCUCAAGGAGCUCCUCCUCUCUGUGGGGCAGGGCCCCACGCACUGUAGCACUGUAUGUACCCAUCUUAUUUGAUCCCGAACCUGCCGGGUAGGAAUUCUUUCCUUCCUGUCAGAGUCUUGCAAACUCAGAAGGAGGUUGCCUUGUUGGUAGCUCUUGGCCAGGAUUUGGGCCCCAGUUUCACAUGUUCUCUGUUCUGUCUUGGUUUUUCCUCUGUAAGUCUGUAGCGUCAGGUUGUUGUCUCUUCGUUCAGGGUCUCAGUCUUUCCUCUUUGUCGUAUGCCUCACUGUCUGCCCUGUUUCUGUCUGUCUCCUGUGACUUCUGCUCACCAUGUCUCUGGGUAGCUCCUCUGCCCGGGUUUCUCUGUGCCUCUUUCUCCCCUCAUUUGUCUUGUUCCCGUCCCUCUGUGUCCAUCCCACCAGCUCUUCCUCUCAGUGUGUCUGGCUGGCCUGCUUGGCCCCCUGAUUGGGUCUUUCCUGCUGUUCAUGUGUGUCUCCAAGUGCCCUGCUUUCCAGCCUGAGUUCAGAGCUGGGGCCCGCUGCCAGUCGCAGUACUUAGGUAUGUUGUGGAGGGCUCAUUGGUGUGGCUGUGGACUGUGGCGGUCCGAGUUUCCUCUGGAGCCAGGGCAGGGGAGUGGCUCUUGCUGUGCCUCAGUGUCCUCGCCUGUGAGGUGCUGUGAAUCAUGGAGUUGGGAGCAUUUAAUGAGUCACUGUGUGUGAACCACGGGGAAGAGUGCCUGGCACAGGGUAAGGGCUGUGUGGCUGCUUGCUGUGAUCAUCCCCGUCUGCCUGGUUCCUGUCCUCUUUUUUCUUCCAGUCACCUUACUCUCAGCACAGGUUGGUUUAAAAGUGUAGGUUUGGGCGUCCUAGCCAGAGGUGCAGUCUGUGCUGCUGUGCGUGGUGUGCGACCUUGGUGGAAGUGCUUAGCCUCCACGAGCGCCCGUCUUCUCAUCAGUUAGAAUGUUCUUGGUGGCGUUGGGUGGGAUAAUGAGCAUCUCUUGGUCAGCGAGCCCCUGGCACACGGCUGGGACCCAGGCAGCCGCUACUCGUCCUUAUCUCUUCUUCCCUGAGCCUCCAGCUCCCUCACCCUUGGGACACCUUGUCCCCCUAGCAUUGCCUGCCUCUUGCCUGUCUGUUCCCUUUAGGUCUCCCUGUGUAUCCUUGUUUCUGUCUCAGAUUCUGCCCUCUCCACUCCUGCUCCAGAGGUCUCUCCUAUUCUCCCUCCUUCCCUUCCUUCCGGUGGUUUAUUGAAUGGCUCUUCUGGGGGCAGCUGCUCUGAUAGGAAAAUUCAUGUCCAUACAGAUGUGGUUUUUGUCCCCAUGGGGCUCAUGGGCCGGCCUUAGCUACAAGGGCAGACAGACAAGUAUAAAAUCACGAGGGUGCCUCAGUCGGGAAACAGUGACCACGGUGUUUGGGUGUGUAAAAUCUGGGAAGCUUCAACAGAGUUCUCAGGGGCCUUUCCUUCUCAGAUGUGGUGACCCACCAGCUCCUGCCGCUGUCUUCUUUCUUGAGUCCUCCAUCUCGCCAUACCCCAGGGGGCUUGCCGCCCUCGCCACUGCCUGCCACCAUGUCGACCUCGUCACUGCGGCGGCAGAUGAAGAACAUAGUCCACAACUACUCAGAGGCCGAGAUCAAGGUUCGAGAAGCCACGAGCAACGACCCCUGGGGCCCAUCCAGCUCCCUGAUGUCUGAGAUCGCUGACCUCACCUACAAUGUCGUUGCCUUCUCCGAGAUCAUGAGCAUGAUUUGGAAGCGGCUCAAUGACCACGGCAAGAACUGGAGGCAUGUCUACAAGGCCAUGACCCUGAUGGAGUACCUCAUCAAGACGGGCUCGGAGCGUGUGUCGCAGCAGUGCAAGGAGAACAUGUACGCCGUGCAGACGCUGAAGGACUUCCAGUACGUGGACCGCGACGGCAAGGACCAGGGCGUGAACGUGCGCGAGAAGGCCAAACAGCUGGUGGCCUUGCUGCGGGACGAGGACCGGCUGCGGGAGGAGCGCGCUCAUGCGCUCAAGACCAAGGAGAAGCUGGCGCAGACCGCCACGGCCUCCUCAGCAGCGGUGGGCUCUGGGCCCCCACCCGAGGCAGAGCAGGCGUGGCCGCAGAGCAGCGGGGAGGAGGAGCUGCAGCUGCAGCUGGCCUUGGCCAUGAGCAAGGAGGAGGCUGACCAGCCCCCGCCCUGCGGCCCCGAGGACGACGUCCAGCUCCAGCUGGCCAUUAGUUUGAGCCGAGAGGAGCACGACAAGGAAGAGCGGAUCCGCCGUGGGGAUGAUCUGAGGCUGCAGAUGGCCAUAGAGGAGAGCAGGAGGGAGACCGGCGGCCAGGAGGAGUCAUCCCUCAUGGAUCUUGCCGAUGUCUUCACGGCCCCCGCUCCACCACCAGCCUCGGACCCCUGGGGGGGCCCAGCGCCCAUGGGCGCCCCCACCUCGGACCCUUGGGGCGGAGGCCCUGUCCCUCCAGCUGCUGAUCCUUGGGGGGGUCCGGCCCCUACAGCAGCCUCUGGGGAUCCUUGGAGGCCUGCUGCUCCUACAGGGCCCCCGGUUGACCCUUGGGGUGGGACCCAGGCCCCUGCAGCUGGAGAGGGGCCCACGCCUGACCCGUGGGGGAGCUCUGACGGUGGGGCUCCAGUUGGAGGACCCCCUGCCUCAGAUCCCUGGGCUCCAGCCCCAGCCUUCUCAGACCCCUGGGGAGGGUCACCUGCCAAGCCCAGCACCAAUGGCACCGCAGCAGUGGGGUUUGACACGGAGCCUGAUGAGUUCUCUGAUUUUGACCGACUGCGCACGGCCCUGCCGGCCUCUGGGAGCAGCACGGGGGAGCUGGAGCUGCUCGCUGGAGAGGUGCCCGCCCGCAGCCCUGGGGCGUUUGACAUGAGUGGCGUCGGGGGCUCUCUGGCUGAGGCUGUGGGCAGCCCCCCACCUGCAGCUGUUCCAACGCCGCCACCACCCACACGGAAGACUCCGGAGUCCUUCCUGGGCCCUAAUGCAGCCCUGGUUGACCUGGACUCGCUGGUGAGCCGGCCGGGCCCCGUGCCCCCAGGAGCCAAGGCCUCCAACCCCUUCCUGCCAAGCGGAGCCCCGACCUCCGGCCCCUCCAUCACAAACCCCUUCCAGCCCACACCCCCUGCGACGCUCACCCUGAACCAGCUCCGGCUCAGCCCUGUGCCCCCGGUCCCUGGAGCACCACCAACAUACAUCUCUCCCCUUGGUGGGGGCCCUGGCCUGCCCCCCAUGAUGCCCCCAGGCCCUCCGGCCCCCAACACUAACCCCUUCCUCCUAUAAUCCAGGAGGAGGGGGGAAUUUGGCCUGGCCUGGCUUCCCCCAUUUCUGCUCCCUGGGAGACCAGUGUUGUGAGUGCAUGUGAAGCGGGGGACCCCCGCCCUAACCCCAGCACCCUCCCCCUCCUGGGGCCCACUCACACUACACCCUCUUCCAUGUCCCCCCGCCCCACCUCCCCGGAGAGAAACUGGACAUGGGAGAUGGGGAGGGGUGCUGGCCAGAGGAGGACCCCUUUCCUGUGGCAUUAGAGGGGGGAGGGACAGCCGGGGGUCCCCCCACCAUCCCUCUCCCUCCCAACUGGCCCCUCAAUCAGUGUUUGAGCCUUCUCAUCCCCAUGCACACCCCCUGGUGAAUCCUUGGUGAUAAUUUUGGCGACUUCGGGAAUAAAUGGCAGUUCUCAUGGG